AUGGCAAGAAGCACAAUUGUGCAAGUGGUCACGGACAAUGCUGCAAACAAUAUGGCAGCAAAGGAUAUGCUUUAUGUCAAGAGACCCAAUCUAUUUUGGACUUCAUGUGCAACCCACACUAUAAACGUAGUGCUUGAAGGAAUUAGGAAGAUGAGAAAGUUCAAGAACACACUUGAUUCAGCAAAAAGUCUAACCAUCUUUAUUUAUGCCCACCACAAGACAUUGUCUGUAAUGAGGAAAUUCACAAAGAAAAGAGACAUUGUUAGGCCCGGUGUGACCAGAUUUGCUUCCACUUUUCUCACUUUGCAAAGCUUGUAUGAGAAGAAAGAUCAGCUAAGGAUGAUGUCCCAAAGCGAGGAAUGGGAGAAAAUUAGCCAUGUCAAGAAAAGUGCCAAAGGUGUACAAGCUACAGCCACAUUAGUGAAGCCUAGUUUUUGGAAUGGUGUUUCUCUUUGCUUGAGAGUAUUUGAGCCGUUAGUUAACGUUCUUCGCAUGGUUGAUGGAGAUACUAAACCAUCAAUGCCUUGGCUUUAUGGUGAAAUUCUUAAGGCUAAGGAAGAAAUUAGAAUAGCUGUUGGAAAUCUGGACAAGAAUGGGACUGGUUUGUACAAGAGCAUAAUAGAAAUCGUGGAUGAAAAAAUGAAGAAACGGUUGGACUGUCCUAUUCACAUGGCUGCAUACUGCUUAAACCCUUAUUAUAGCUACAGCAAGCCCUCUAUCUUUCACAAUGAGGAUGUCAUAGAUGGGUUUUUUGCUGCUGUUGAAACAUUCUACCAUGGUGACUAUGACAAGCAAAAUCAAGUGCUCAAUGAAGACUUCCACAAGUUCAAAGAUAAAGCUGGACAUUUUGGUAAAAAUGUAGCUCAGUUGGGCUGCAAGGAUUAUAAUUUCAGUCCAGCUAAGUGGUGGGCAAAUUAUGGAACACAAGUUCCAACACUGCAAAAGUUUGCUAUUAGAAUCCUCUCUUUAACAUCAAGUGCCUCGGGUUGUGAAAGGAAUUGGAGCUGUUUUGAAGGAAUCCAUACAAAGAAAAGGAAUAGGCUCACAUGUGAGAGGGUUGAACAACUUGUCUAUGUUAGAUUCAAUCAUCUUCAUGCAAAGAGGAAAAAUAAAGCUCAAAACAACAAAAGGGCAGACCUGCUUGUAGCAACCGAAGCAACCUUUGCUCAAGGAUGGAUGGCCCAAGGUGCAGAUGAAGAGGGGUCUGAUGUUGACCCUGUAAUAGGUCUCACAUGGAGAUUAAUUGCUGAGACGUGUGGUCCUGAUGAGGUCACAAAACUUCGUAGGAGUGCAAGAUUAGCUAUGGAAAGAGAGAUUGAAGAAGAGCCCUUGUCCGAAACUGAUGGAGAGCCAAUAAAUGAGGAAGAUAUUGACUUUGAGUCGGACCAAGAUGUUGUGAUCACAACUGGUUAUGAGCUAGAGGGGGAGGAAGACAAUGACGGAUGA